AUGGGCAUGAGACAAAUAAGGUUACCUUCAUUUCACAUAUGUUUUAAACAGCGGCAUAUCCUGGGGCGUGCUCAUUUGUUGCCUUCAUCAUGUGGCCUUGUCUUCACCGCUGUAAGAGGUUUAAAGAUGCAACGAGUAACUCCACAUUGUAUUCCAAGUAAGUUGCCGGUACUGAAUUUAAAGGCGAAAAGCUACAAUCAAGCACUUGCAUUUAAUACUGUUAAAUUCUACUCAACAGCUGACAAUAGGAGCAAAGACAGGCCGCGAAAGAGAAAGGCUACAGAAGUAGCCAAGGAGCUAGAGCCAACAAAUAGUAGCUAUAAGGAGAUUUUACGUUUAUUUCGUCUGGCUCGCCAUGAUUGGAAGCUCCUAGCUUUGGCGAUUGGUCUUUUAACUGUAUCAUCGGUGGUGGGAAUGACUGUACCUAAGGUCAUUGGUAUGGUACUAGAUGCAACGAAGACUGCUCUAACGAGCGAGGAAAAGCCAGUCAAUCUUGACGACUUACCCCCAAUUGCUUAUGGACUUGGUCUCUACGAUUUUUUUGGUUUAUUUGCGGGAGCAUUGCUCUUGGGCACUGUUGCUAACUUUGGUAGGGUGGUGCUCCUGAGGGUUCUGGGCGAAAAGCUUGUAGCUCGACUGCGCUCAAAUGUUAUUAGAAAAAUUAUGCAUCAAGACGCAGAGUUUUUCGAUCGCAAUAAGGUUGGGGAUUUGAUAUCAAGGCUGAGUUCUGAUGCAUAUGUGGUCUCUAGAUCGAUGACACAAAAUGUAUCUGAUGGUUUCAAGGCGAUAAUCUGUGGAGGAGUAGGUAUCGGCAUGAUGAUUCAUAUUUCGAGUACAUUAACUGCGGCUCUUUUCCUCUUUGCCCCGCCGUUAUUGGUAGGUGCCACGAUAUAUGGUAAGAAAAUCAGGGCAAUAUCAAGAGAGUUGCAGCAAGCAACGGGUAAUCUAACGAAAGUCUCCGAAGAGCAGCUAAGUGGGACGAAAACUAUACAAUCAUUCGUUGCAGAAGGCAAAGAAAUACACAGGUAUAAUAACGCUAUAAGAAAGGUGUUCAGUUUUGGCAAGAAGGAAGCUUUAACAAAUGCUACCUUCUUCAGUACAACGGGCAUUAUGGGUGAUUUGAGUUUUCUUAUCGUUCUGGCCUAUGGGUCACAUUUGGUAUUGCAAGGAGGUCUUUCCAUCGGUGAUUUAACUGCAUUUAUGUUAUAUACAGAGUAUUCGGGAAGUGCCGUAUUUGGUCUUUCGAAUUUUUACUCUGAGUUGAUGAAAGGAGCUGGUGCAGCUUCACGUCUGUUUGAAAUGACGGAUCAUAAGCCUUCUAUACACUCUACAAUGGGCUCGAAAUAUAUACCUGGCCCUGGUAGAAUUGAAUUUCAAGAUGUGUCGUUCAGUUAUCCAACUCGUCCCACUAAUCAAAUUUUCAAAAAUCUCAACUUUACUAUUGAACCAGGCUCUAAUGUUUGCAUUGUGGGUCCUUCUGGUAGGGGCAAGUCCACAAUUGGCGCGCUAUUAUUGAAAUACUACAAUCCUACAAGCGGUAAAAUAAGCAUUGAUGGUCAAGAUAUAUCAAAGUUAAGCAGCAAGUCUCUAAGGCGCCAUUUGGGAGUGGUUCAACAAGAACCCAUGCUUAUGUCUGGAUCAAUUAAGCACAACAUAAUUUAUGGUUUGCAGAGACUUCCUGAAAUGGACGAAAUUCGUUCCGUGGCAAAGAAGUGUUUCUGUCAUGCAUUUAUUACACGUUUUCCGGAGGGUUAUGACACAAUUAUUGGUCCAAGAGGGGCAUCUCUAAGUGGUGGUCAGAAACAACGAAUUGCGAUUGCUAGGGCUUUGAUCAAGAAACCUAAAAUAUUGCUCCUUGACGAAGCUACAUCAGCGCUUGAUGUUGAGAGUGAAGGGGCAAUCAACUACACCUUAGGUCGACUAAUGAAAAGUAAAGAGAUGACCAUAAUAAGCAUCGCUCACCGUUUAAGUACAAUUCGCAGGUCCGAGAAUGUCAUUGUCCUGGGAAAUGAUGGAUCAGUUGUGGAAACUGGUAAGUUUAAGGAAUUGUAUAAUAAUGAAGGAAGUGCACUUUUCAAGCUUCUAAAUGAAACAGGUAAAAAUGCAGUCAAUCCCUCCACUUCUGUGCGAGUUUCGAACUUGGAUGGAGCGGAAAGUAAAGAAGGCACAAAUUCUCAAGAUAAGAAGAGUGAAGAAGAAAAGCUCAUCGAGGAACAAGUCCUCGAUCAAGUUCUUCAGGACAUGACUUAUGACCAAAAAUCGUCGUCGCUCAGGCCAUAA